AUGAAGAUCGCUCGCGUUACCUCGUGGGGCUCUGCGCCCGUCUACUCCGACGGCCCUGACCUGCCCGCCCCUUCGCCGUCCCAACUCCAGGUCAAGGUCGUGGCGGUAGCUGUCCCGCCUGUGGUGCGCGGACGUGCCCUCGGGAAACACUCGAGCGCCCGUGGUGCCACUCUGCCGUACGACCCCACCGUCGACGGCGUCGUCAAGGACGAAUCCACGGGCGACCUCUACUACGUCAGCCCCAUGUCCGGCUCUCUCUUCGGCGAGCGCGCCAACGUGGAGCGCCACACGCUCGUCAAGCUCGCCCCAGAGGCCGACCCCAUUGCCGUCGCCACGCUCGUCAACCCCGUCGGCAGCAGCUGGAUGGCGUUCCGCUGCCGCGCCAUCCCCGCCGGCUGCGAGGGCGCCACCGUGCUCGUCCUGGGCGCCACCAGCACCAGCGGUCGGGCCGCCGUCGCCGUGGCGCGCUCCCUGGGCGCGGCCCGAAUCAUCGGCAUGUCCCGCAAGGAGGAGACGCUCGCUACGGUUCAGGACCUGGACGAACGCGUCGUGCUGCAGGAACCCUUCACCCUCCCGGCCGGCCUGGGCCCCAUCCACAUCGUCCUGGACUUUGUCGGUGGGCGGGCUGCCGUGGGCGUCCUGCAGUCGGCCGAGGUCGCGCCGGGCAAGGAUGUGCAGUACAUCCACGUCGGCGACCUAGCUGGCGAGGAGACUCUUGGUUUGCCUUCCCGCCUGCUCAACGCUAAGCCUAUCCGCGUCACCGGAUCGGGCAUGGGUGCGUGGGGCAAGAUGGAUGUCAAGAAGGAGAUCGGCGGGCUGCUCGGCGCUGUGGUCAAGAUGCCCAGGCCUACCGAUGUCAAGGUUGCCUCCUUUGCCGAUGUGGAAUCCGUCUGGGAUUCCGAGGACACUAAGAGCAAGCGGCUCGUGCUGGUCCCCUGA